AUGUCUGCCUUCACCUCCAUCCGAUCCUCCAUGCGUCUGGCCAGCACCGCCAACCAGGCCACCCGUGGCUUCAGCUCAUCCGCAUCGCGUUCCGUUGCCCGCAUGAUCAUCACUGGCCGCCUCGGAGCCGAGCCCGAGCUCCAAGCUACUGCCAGCGGUCAGGAAAUCAUCAAGUACUCUGUUGGUACUUCAUACGGUCCCCGUGACAACCGCCAAACCAGCUGGUUCCGUGUUGCUAGCUUCGCGCCCGAGGGUGGACAGCGGGAUCUCAUUAUGGGCCUGUCGAAGGGAACCCUUGUCUACGUUGAGGGCGAUGCUUCCAUGCGCAGCUACGAUGAUGCUGAUGGCAAGAAGCAAUUCAGCCUGAAUAUUGUUCAGCGCUCUAUCGAAGUUCUCUCGCGUCCUUAUAACAAUGAUGCCCACUCCGAGUAA